AUGCUUAGCUUUGGCUAUGUGAGGAGAAAGCUUCUUCGCCAUAGGAUAUACUUAAUUGCGGGGUUACUUGCUUACUUCAUUUUGUCGUUUUGCUUUUUUGGGCGUCAAGGUUUAAUCUCUUCGAGGCUCUACGCGGCUGAUACUCCCGGCAGUAAAUUAUUCCGUUUUCUCUAUGAUGCAGUCCAACGCUGCGAACCAAUUAAGAGACCGGGUGUGGGAACUUUGCGUGACUCUAAGAGAUGUCAGGGAGGGGACCUUCCCUUCAACCCAAUUGAUCUUUCUUCGAAAGGCUCGUACGAGAACUUGGAUAGCUGUCUCCAUUUAACUGAUGGUCAGCUGAAGAACCUUAAGAGUAAGCAUUCGGAGUUUCUUGGACGACUUCGCAAAUUCCUCGCCAAUAACAAACGCAUAUCCGUUGACUCGUUUGCUAAUGAGACCGGGAUAGUCACCGUAGGUGGUGGGAAGUUUUCUGUUCUAUCACUUAUAAUGAUCGAAAUGUUGAGAGAAAAAGGUUCCCAACUACCGGUAGAGGUAAUCAUACCUCCAUCCGAUGAAGGAGACGCUGAUUUUUGUGCUGCUCUUGCAGAUCUCAACGCCAAAUGCGUUUUCUUUUCUGACAUGAUACCAGAGAAAUUGAUCGAGCAGAUUCCAAUCAAGGGCUAUCAGUUUAAGAUUAUUGCACUGUUGAUCUCGAGCUUCAAGAAAGUGUUGUUUCUUGAUGCGGACAAUUUGCCUCUGGUCAACCCAGAUCAGAUUUUUGAGCAGCCCGUUUUCCUGCAGACAGGUUUGGUGAUUUGGCCAGAUAUAUGGGGGCGUGUAACAUCGCCAGCUUUCUAUCAGUCAGCUGGGGUGGAAGUUGAUCUGAACACCAGGGUCCGGUACAUGGGCGACGAUAUCUCACCAGCUUCAAGGUUCCACGAUCCAAAAUGGACUAGCUCUGAUAUUCUAUCGCUGGUUCCAUUGCAUGAUUUGGGAGGUACAAUACCAGACCCAACUUCGGAGUCUGGACAAUUGUUAGUGGAUAAGACUAAGCACCUAUCGACCUUACUGUUAGCGGCUUACUACAAUUUUCAUUCUGAGUGGUACUUUCGCCUCUUGUCACAAGGCACCUCUGGUGAAGGUGACAAAGAGACCUUUAUCGCUGCAGCCCACGUCUUGAAAGAGCCCUACUACCAGGUGAAAACACGACUCGCUAUUGAUGGCUUUUUUGAUGAGGAUAACAGCUUCCAUGGGAUCUGCCUAUAUCAAUUUAAUCCGCAGCAAGACUACGAGCAGCACGCUUAUGCCAAGCGUUGGAUGGCCGAACAUCUACAAGAGUAUGCCACAUAUGAUCCAUCCUAUGAUGUCGAAAAGGACUUCUACGACAAAUGGAUGAAGCCAAGUAACGGAGAAUCCAUCGACGCCAUGUUCGGCCAUGCAAGCUUCCACAAGUUCGAACCACUCGCCUUGGCCAGAGAGCGAAUCUACGUAGAUCGUAGUGGUCGUCAUUUCAGAGGGUUCAAAAGAUACGACAUUACAAAGGGCUUUGACAUUGAGCUCUUCAAUUACAAGCUUCUACAUCGCAAACUCUGCUCAGCUCGCCCACUCAAAUUUAAAUUUUAUGAGUCCACUAUGCAUACCAAAGAAUGGUCUGACAUGUGUCGCUACCUCGCAGAACACAUCAGAUAUUUACACAAUACCCACCAUUUGGCACUAUCGGCACAAAAUAUACCAUAA